AUGGUCGAAAAGCUCUACGUCACGUACAACGAUAUGUUCUUCUUCUUCCAGGUGCACAACCUCUGCCAGGAGUCCGCCGUCAAGAUCCUCGAGACCUUCCAACCCCAGCUCAUCAUCGCAAUCGGCGGCGGUGGCUACGUUCCCGCCCGUAUCCUCCGUUCCUUCCUGAAGAAGCCCGGCAACCCCAACAUCCCCAUCCAGGCCAUCGGUCUCUCCCUGUACGAGAGCCUUCCCGAGACCUUCGGCGGCAACUCUACCCCUGGCGUCCCCGAGGUCCCUGGCACAAAGGUCACCCGCACGCAAUGGCUUGACCUGACCGCUAUCGGCGAGAUGGAGAACCUCGUCGGCAAGCGCAUCUUGAUUGUCGACGAGGUCGACGACACCCGCACCACCCUUGAGUACGCCGUCAAGGAGCUGGAGAAGGACGUUGAGGCUGCUAGCCAGCGCCUCGGCAAGGGCCAGAAGACUGAGUUUGGUAUCUUUGUUCUGCACAACAAGGACAAGGCGAAGAAGGGCACCCUUCCCUCCGACAUGAUGACCUCAGGUCACUACCUCGCCGCCCGCACCGUCGGCGACGUCUGGAUCAACUACCCCUGGGAGGCCAUCGACAUUGCCGAGCACGACCGCCACGCGGCCGAGGCUCUCGCUGCGCGCCAGUAA